GGUCUUGCAGUCUGGGGUACCGUUAGCAGGAAAUCAAGCUCCAGUCCAUUUCACUUUAAGGCGAAACAAAGAAAAAAAUACUCUCACGCGCUUAAGGUUGAAAAUAGUUAUUCGUAGUGAAGCUAAGACUAACGUUUGUGUCCUCGAGACAGGAAGGCGUUUGAUUGGCGCCGUUGUUCUGAUGGGAAAAAGUUUUCCGCUGGUCUCGCUAACUGCUCGUCUGAUUUAUUAACUUUUUUAUAAGACCUGAACCGGACGUAAAAGAAAGGAAAGAUGCCGAAGACGAUUAGUGUACGAGUCACUACAAUGGACGCUGAACUGGAGUUCGCCAUUCAGCCAAAUACAACAGGAAAGCAACUCUUUGACCAGGUUGUUAAGACCAUCGGGCUGCGAGAGGUGUGGUACUUUGGACUCCAAUAUCAGGAUACAAAGGGUUUCUCUACAUGGCUCAAGCUCAACAAGAAAGUGACAGCCCAGGAUGUGAGGAAGGAAAGCCCGCUGCUUUUUAAGUUCCGUGCCAAGUUCUUCCCCGAGGAUGUGACAGAGGAGUUAAUCCAGGACGCCACGCAGCGGCUGUUCUUCCUGCAGGUGAAGGAGGGAAUCUUAAACGACGACAUCUACUGCCCUCCAGAGACAGCAGUCCUCCUGGCCUCCUACGCAGUGCAGGCCAAGUAUGCUGACUACAACAAGGAAGUCCACACACCAGGCUAUCUGUCCAGUGAACAGCUGCUCCCUCAGAGAGUUCUGGACCAGCACAAACUUAACAAGGACCAGUGGGAGGAGAGGAUUCAAGUGUGGCACGAAGAACACAAGAGCAUGAUGAGAGAGGAGUCCAUGAUGGAGUAUCUGAAGAUCGCUCAAGAUCUGGAGAUGUACGGAGUCAACUACUUCAACAUCAAGAAUAAGAAAGGAACGGAGCUGUGGUUGGGAGUCGACGCUUUGGGGCUCAACAUUUAUGAACAGAAUGACAAAAUGACGCCCAAAAUUGGAUUUCCUUGGAGUGAAAUCAGGAACAUUUCCUUCAAUGACAAGAAGUUUGUCAUCAAACCAAUUGACAAGAAAGCACCGGACUUUGUAUUCUAUGCUCCAAGACUGCGCAUCAACAAGCGUAUUCUGGCUCUUUGCAUGGGCAACCAUGAGCUGUACAUGCGCCGCCGCAAACCUGACACCAUUGAAGUGCAGCAGAUGAAAGCUCAGGCUCGGGAGGAGAAGAAUCACAAGAAGAUGGAGAGAGCUCUUCUGGAGAAUGAAAAGAGGAAAAGAGAACUUGCAGAAAAGGAAAAGGAAAAGAUUGAAAAGGAAAAGGAGGAAUUAAUGGAGAGAUUAAAGCAGAUCGAGGAGCAGACGAAAAAAGCCCAAGAAGAGUUGGAGGAGCAAACACAUAAGUCUAUGGAGUUGGAGCUGGAGAGAAAGUGUGCUCUGGAUGAGGCUGGUCGUCUGGAGAAUGAGCUGAAGGGUGCUGAGGACGCCAAGCACACCCUGCUGCAGCAAUCAGAGAACCAGAUGAAAAACCAAGAACACCUGGCCACAGAGUUGGCUGACCUGACUUCGAAGAUUUCCCUCCUGGAGGAUGCCAAGAAAAAGAAGGACGAAGAGGCAGUGGAGUGGCAACAGAAGGCCACUAUGGUGCAGGAGGACCUGGAGAAGACCAAAGAAGAGCUCAAAAACAAAGUGAUGGUGGCUCACGUUCAGGAGCCCCCCAACGAGGAGAAUGAGCACGACGAGAACGACGAGAGCAGCGCUGAGGCCAGCGCCGAGUUUGAGGCUGCCGGCACGUACAAGGACCGCAGUGAAGAGGAGCGCAUGACCGAGGCUGAGAAGAACGAGCGUUUGCAGAAACAUCUACUCGCUUUAAGCUCAGAAUUGGCCAACGCUCGGGACGAGACCAAGAAAACAGUGAACGACAUGAUCCAUGCGGAGAACAUGAAGGCGGGACGAGACAAGUACAAGACCCUCAGACAGAUCCGGUCAGGAAACACCAAACAACGCAUCGACGAGUUUGAGUGCAUGUGAUGUCUGCGCUCGCCGAUGCAAAAGCCCACACAGCUGGACUGCAGUCCUGCCUCACACAAGCUGUUUCCCCUGCACCCAAAUAAAUCAGAUCCACAGCAUGACAUGGUUGUACAAGCACAGCACAAUGUACAAAUAUGGAUCUACAAAACUCCAUUUGUUAUCAUUCCUAACUUUAAAUUUAGGCAAGUCACUGGUCGAAAAGGGACAUGCUGUAUUUUAUUAGUACAUUCCUCACAAGGGGAUUAUGUAGCAUAUUAGUAAUGGGCUCACGCCUCAUUUCAUGACACAUUGAGUAAGCAUUUUUUUUUUCUUUAUAUAUUUCUGUCACGUUUUUGUAUCAUGACUUCAAAAUAAAAGGCUCAGAGACCAAUCCAAAUUUCAGAUUGAAAAUUGUGCCUGUCGACAUAUUUCUGCUGCACGGUUCUUCACAAGAAGCUGGAUUUAUUUUCUCCCACGAUCUGCUACCCAUAGUUUAAAAGCCAAAUGCACUGCAAUCUGUCUGUGGAGCAUUAAUAGAGCAGUAUUAUUUUUGCCAAUUUACUUACUUAUCAUUUGAGUGUAUUCUGGAUCUGCCUACUGUUACAAAUCCUACAGUAUUUACGCCCCACUCUCAAGGUGAUUAAAAAUCUGUUUCAUUUAAAUUAUUUGUCUGUUUUUACAUUUAUGAACACCUUCAAGUCAGUUUGCAACUACACGUGCAAAUGUUGCUGUUAUUCAGUGCCAUCAUCUAUUCAGCAAAAAACUCAUUUGAAGUUGGUUUCGUUGUACCUUUAAGAGUUUUACCCUAGUUUUCUUUUUUAACUCUGCUUAUCAGUGAGGAUGUUGUUUGAUAAUCAAAAUAUUACAUUGAUAUAACCAGUACAGCAUAAGGAAUCACACUGUAGAUGUCACAUGUCAAGCAUUUUGUUGGAGAACAAAUGCCAAUAAAGUCAUUUGUAAAAGUAGAAGUUGUAGUUUAAUCUUACAUGCUCAUGUGUUUUGUUCGCAGAUGAGAACUUUCUUUCCACAAAAUUGUCGUAGAUUUUGAUGACUAGAAUAAAUUGAUUUCAUUAAACAUGCACUGGAAAAAAAAAAAGUCAAGACAGCCUAAUGGGCACUAUUUCCAACGCAUGCAUUUUUGAUAUACUGUAUGUAUUUAAUUACAUUUGUGUAUUCUGUAAUUUGAAUUUUUCAGAAGUGAUAGAAUCAUGUAAAGUGGAAAACAGACACCACUGAUGAUAUUUUUGUAUUAUACAAUCUGGAAGUACUUGUCAAAGGUUACAGUUUUUGCUCAGACAGAACAACGUUUUGAAAACAGUAUUUUGUUGUAAACUAAUUGAAGAGCUCGCUGCUGUGAAAGUCAGCUGAUGGAACAAGCAACACCCCAGAGCCUGUGACCCAUGAAAAGCCAGAAGCUACAGGAAAUUAUGUUUAUGGUAUGUUGCUAAAGGCUGGCAAAAUACCAUGAAGGGAACAUUUAACCCAGGCCAAAACAUUUAGCAUAAAAAUGGACAUUUCUUUUGCCAUUGCUCCACAUUACAUUUAGGCAUUUAGACCAUGUGAAGGGUUUUGCUUGUUCUCAGAUAUUUAGAAAUUAGAGUUUGAAAGAUUUAUUUACAUUAUUUGUUCCAUAGUUUAAAGUAAAUGUAUUUUAGAUUUUUAUUUUUUAUUUUAUUCUCUUAUUAAAUGAAUGUUUGUCAUUUGUACCGGGAUGCAUUUUGAUAUACAGUAUUCUUGCCCAUCGCUGCGUAUAGUUCUUGUAUCUGCCAUGAAAUGUAAGAAUGCAGUCGUUGCUACUUUGGAUACCUUUCCAUGCCUUCGACAAUAACUUUUAUAAUGCUGCACUGUAUGUACUACCUGAAGCCCCAUGUAUUGACAGCCUUCUUUUGAGAAUCAAGUGUAAUUAUAACCCGAGUCAUGUCUGAAAAAGAAAUGUAUUAAAAGAUGCUACUCAAUAUUUUGUCUUGAAUCAAAAAGGGCUGAGACAUCAUUUUGUAAAUUGAGAGACAGUGCCUUGCCAGGUUUUUCAUCAGUUCUUGCUGCUUCAAGUCUUCCUUUCACCAAUGAAUAAAGGUCAAACUAAACUGUC